AUGACAAUGCAGUGCCUCUGUAUAGUACGUAGCAGCAUGAAAUGGAAACAGUUAUCCAGAUUGCAGCGCAACCUCAUCCUCUUCAGCGUGGCUCUCAUGUUAGUUUGUGGGAUUGCCACUUACCCCACUGUCACAGAACACUUCAGAGGCCUUACUGUUGUUGUGAAGGAGGAUGAGGGCCAUGUUCUGAAACUGGUCAUCCCUGAGGUCCUACCUGAGUCGGAUAAACAGAACCAACCACUAGUACCAGAGCCACCUUCAGAGAAGCAGAAGAGGGCACCCCACAAGCGGGGGCCACCCGGCCUGCAGAACCGUCUGCAAAAGAAAGGCACCAGGCGUGGGGCCUUGAUUGAGGCUGACCAAGCCACUGAAGGAGGAACUGCCAAGGAAGCAGAGAACAAGGUGGCUGUCCCAGCGGUUGAGCAAGAGGACCAUUCACACGAGCCAGAAUUCGAUAGGCUUGAGGCAGUACGAGAUGCUUUCAGACAUGCGUGGAAGGGGUACAAAGAGUUUGCCUGGGGCCAAGAUGAGCUGAGGCCCAUCUCUAAGUCUUAUGGAGAGUGGUUUGGCCUGGGCUUGACCCUGAUUGACGCCCUGGACACCAUGUGGAUCCUCAACCUCAGAGAAGAGUUUGAGGAGGCUAAGACCUGGGUGUCAACGGAGCUCUCCUUCAAUAAGAACGUUGAUGUGAACCUUUUUGAGAGCACCAUCCGUAUCCUGGGCGGCUUGCUGAGCACUUACCAUCUGACUGGAGACGCUCUGUUCCUGGACAAGGCUAAAGAUAUAGGAACGAGGUUAAUGCCUGCCUUCAACACCCCGUCCAAGAUCCCCUACUCAGAUGUGAACAUUGGGAAGGGUACGGCCCACCCCCCUCGAUGGACGUCGGACAGCACUGUUGCUGAGGUCACCAGCAUCCAGCUAGAGUUUAGGGAGCUGAGUCGCCUCACUCAGGACACACGCUACCGGGCUGCAGUGGAUAAGGUCAUGCAAAAAGUCCACAAGCUGGAAGGGAAGCAGGACGGCCUCGUCCCCAUGUUCAUCAACACCAAUAGCGGCCAGUUCACCCAUCUGGGGGUCUUCACCCUGGGCGCACGAGCAGAUAGCUACUACGAAUACCUCCUUAAACAGUGGAUACAGGGAGGCCAGAAGGAGACAGAAUUGCUGGAGGAUUACCUGCAGGCCCUAGAGGGAGUGAAGAAGAACCUGCUUAAGAAGUCAUCUCCUAACAGCCUGACCUUCGUAGGGGAGCUGUCCCAUGGUCAGUUCAGCCCCAAAAUGGACCACCUGGUGUGUUUCCUCCCUGGGACCCUGGCUCUAGGGGCCCACCACGGCCUGCCAGCCGACCACAUGGAGCUGGCCAAGCAGCUGAUGGAGACCUGCUACCAGAUGUAUGCCCAGAUGGAGACUGGCUUGAGCCCUGAGAUCGUCCACUUCAACAUGCACGAGGGAAGCAUCAGAGAUGUAGACGUCAAGCUUGCAGACAGACACAACCUCCUUCGCCCUGAGACGGUGGAGAGCUUGUUUUAUCUGUACAGGUUCACUAAGGACAGGAAGUACAGAGACUGGGGCUGGGAGAUCCUCCAGAACUUCAACAAGUACACCAAGGUUUCUACUGGUGGCUACACAUCCAUCAACAACGUCCGGGACCCAGAGUACCCCAGCCCCCGGGACAAGAUGGAGAGUUUCUUCCUGGGGGAGACUCUUAAGUACUUCUACCUGCUGUUCUCAGAUGACCCAGAGCUGGUCAGUCUGGACAAGUAUGUGUUCAACACAGAGGCCCACCCCCUGCCCAUCUGGCCUUCUGCUGAGUGA